AUGGUUCGCGAGGAGCUUAUCUCCUCUGCUGACCCGUCGGUAGCCGCAUCCCCGGUUGAGAAGCGAGUCGCAUUCCUCCAGUCCAAGAACCUCACGAAGGAAGAGAUCGAUGUCGCUCUGUCCAGGACGGGCGAGGAUCCCUCUGCGGCGGCAGUCGUAACUUCAUCGUCUGGCUAUCAACCAGCCCCCCAACAAGCUGCCUACCGGCCCUUUCCCCCACCUGGGCCGGGCUAUGGCUAUCCUCCGUAUGGUCAAUGGCAGCCUCCGCCAGAGCCCCCCCAACGGGACUGGCGUGACUGGUUCAUUAUGGCUACAGUUGUGGGAGGAGUAGGAUAUGGCCUCUACUCUAUCACCAAGCGCUACAUUACACCCCUGAUCGCACCACCAACUCCGCCCCAGCUGGAGCAAGACAAGGAACACAUUGACGAGGAAUUCAACCGCGCGUUCGCCCUGAUCGACCAACUCUCCACAGAUACGGCGGCCCUGAAGUCGGCAGAAGAGGCGCGCACGGAGCGGCUGGACGCUGCCCUUCGGGAGGUAGAGAAUCUGGUUUCCGAUAUGAAGAAUGCUUCCCGGCGAAGAGACGAUGAGACUCGUCGCAUCAGCGACGAAGUCAAGUCACUGAAGGAUGCCAUUCCCAAGGCCCUGGAAGGUGCUCGGGAAGGUAACGAGACACGGCUCAAGGAGCUGGGCUCCGAGUUGAAGAGCUUGAAGGUCUUGCUGGGCAACAGACUCGGCAGUGGUAGCAACGGCGCUAGCUCUCCUACUCCUGGACGGUUCAGCGGUAUGAGUCUACCUACUGCGACUGCUUCCCGGCCAGUAGAGGAGUCGAGCCCCGCUGCGUCGGGCACGACCAACGGUGCGCCCUCGGCAUUGCCUGAACAAACACCUCCCCCCGCCCAGCCGAGCCCGAGCGCCAGCACGACCUCGCUGGGAAACAACAAUCCUCUGUCGCAGUUCAGCCGGUCCGCGUCUAUUCCUGCCUGGCAGAUGGCGGCCGCCAACCGGUCCAAGACUGCUUCACCUUCCACUGCCUCCACCACCUCUCCGGACAACUCCUCCGCCACGGCCACCGAGCCCAGCGCUCCGGCCAAAACCAAGAUGUCCUCUCGCGACCCUCAUCGCACCUCCCAUUCUUACUCCCACUCCCACUCCCACUCCCGCACCCGCUCGCGCUCGCGCUCGCGCUCCCCAAACACAACCACCACCACCACCCGCCCAGACAGACACCGCACCAGACACCAUCACCAUCACCACCACCACGACCACGACCGUCAAGACCGCCACGACCGCCACCGCGCGCACCGCGAACACCGCGACCAGAAGAACCGCAGCAGCCAACAACCGACGCAACAUGCCGCCCCCCCGGCACCCAUCACCCUCCCCUUCCAAGCGCGCGAACUCCGGAAACGCGACCUCGCGCACUACACUCCCAUGUUUGAUAUGUAUCUGGAUAUCCAGAAGGGGAUCUUUCUGGACGAUCUGUCCGAGGAGGAGCUGAAGGGGCGGUGGAAGAGCUUUGUGGGGAAAUGGAACCGUGGAGAACUGGCCGAGGGAUGGUACGAUCCGAGUACACUGGAGAAGGCGCGACAGAAUCUUGCGGAGAUGCAGGCGCAGACACAGCGGGAGAACGAAUCAGCUGAGGAUACUAUACCGGUGGGGAGACAGUCAGAUAGGCCUGAUGCGGAAGACAACGACGACGACGACGACGACGAUGAAUACGGCCCCGUUCUCCCCGGGGGUCACGGUCACGGACACUGUGGAACAGGAGGCUUCUCAUCCGGCCCGACGAUACCCACCAUGCAGGAUCUGGAACUGCGGAAAGGUACGCUAACAUACCUACCACCCAAUUGCACAGCUAGGGCUGUGUCUCUCUCCGAAGACGCCCUCGCGGCGCGGCAAGACUCGCGCAGCCUCCACCGGGGCGAACUGCGCUCGCACCGCGCCGAAGUGCGCCACAUGCAGGACGAGGUAGCGCCGCGGGCAGAACCGGGGACGCACGAACGGCGCAUGGAGAAACGGCAGGAGGCGACGGCGGCGAAUCGGGCGUUCGCGGAGGCCAAACGCGGCGGGUCGCCUGAGGCCGCGCCGGAGGAGGAGCUGAUGGGAUCCGGCGAGAACGACCUGGACGCCCUGAAGAACGCCCGCGCCAGGGAGCAGCGCAAGAAGAACGAGCGCGAGAUCCGCAAGGAGGAGAUCAUGCGCGCCCGCGCCGAGGAGCGUGAGGAGCGCUUGCGCCAAUACAGGCAGAAGGAGGAUAAGACGAUUGGGUGGUUGAAGACAUUGGCGAAGCAGAGAUUUGGGUGA